AUGUGGUUCAAAGCAACUCUAUCACUCUGUGUUUUCUUGGGAUUUUUAAGGCAGAUACUACAGUUAAGCUGCUCUUCGGAGCCAAAAUGUAGGUGUUCUUACGACAGAAGGAUAUUGAGGGCAGAAUGUAGCUCGCUAAACCUGACUCAAUCUCCAAAAUUCCAACAUAAUGUGAGAUACAUUUAUCUUAACAACAAUGCUCUCACAGAAAUCCCCACUGAUAUGCCGCAAGAGAUCCUGCGGCUAGAUAUAAGCGAAAACAAUAUCCAAAAUCCCAAAAAGGCAGUCCUUUCAAGAUACAAACAUUUGCGAUGGUUGAAUGUUGACUGUCUCUGGCAAAAUUAUACAAUAUGGCCAUCGCGCUUUUUUGAAAACCUUACAAAACUCGAUACUCUGCUUAUGGGGUAUAAUUGUACAGAGAUAUCGCAGAUGAAUUACUCCAAAGAAUGCUUUUACGGACUUUCGUCAUUAAGGCAUAUCGAAUUAAACGGAUUAGGGAAGCAUAAUUUUGAGGACGCAUUUGAAGCAAAUAAUUCAAUUCAAAUUAUUGUAUUACAGAGAUUUGGUAGAUCUGGAUAUUGUUUUAUUAAUGUCAUCCAGAUUGACACAUUCAAAAUUUUUCAGCAGUUAAAAAAUCUAACAUUAUUUGACUGUCAUAUCAAAUUCAUUGAGAAAGGAGCCUUUGCACACAUGAAUGAUCUCGUGUACUUGAACAUUUCACAAAACCCAAGCCUUUCUUUAUCAGUAUUACCAAAUAUUACCUAUGAUCUGCAAUAUACAAAAAUUCAGACGCUCAUCGCAAAUAAUCUUAACUGUAGAGAUGGACUUUCUCAGUUAUUAAAAAUAGAACAUAUAGAAUAUCUAAGAAAUACUUCUCUGAAAGAGUUGCACUUAGCAGACAACAGAAUAGGUAUCAUUGAGCAUCUGCUUUUUAAAUACCUUCCGAAAUCAUUGAAGUACAUAGAUAUUAGUGAAAACCCACUGAUUGGUGGAUAUUAUUUAUUGGAGGGCGGUUUUCUCUCAAAACUAGAAAGGUUACAUUGUGACAAAACCAAAAGAGCCACGAUCUUUGAUAUAAACUGUAAUUACAAUUCAAACAGUUGUGACAACAAAAAGGGGGAGACUAUUGUGAAUGGAGCAAUAAAUAAGAAAUGGAAGACCUAUCAAUUACCCCCCAUGCUGAAAUAUCUAAGCAUUGCUAAUAGGAAAAUAAAUUUUCCUUUGAUAGAUACCUCGGAAAUCGGAUCGAACAACUCAUUAACACAUCUGUAUAUCCAGGGAAAUCUGAUAUAUGAUGUACAAAAUUUUAGUGGACUUUGGCGUCUAGAAUACCUUGAUUUCUCGAACAACUUCUGCUUCAACAUUACUAAACAGUUUUUUCAUGGAAUGACAAAACUGGUAUUUUUGAAUUUAUCAAGAAAUCUUUUAGGAAAAGAAUUACAGCGUCAGUCUGCUGAACAUGUAUUUGAUCUUCUCCGUGGUUUGAAGGUACUGGAUCUGUCCUAUAACUGGAUAACUCUCAUACAUAAAGAUAUGUUUGUGUUUACAUCAAAUAUUGAGCAACUCUACUUAAGCAAUAAUGAACUUGAAAGUGUCACCUUUGAUUUGUCAGCUGCCUUAAAAUUACGAAGAAUAGAUUUGUCUUUCAAUAAAAUUAUAAUGUUGGAUUCAACAUCAAUGAGGUUUUUAGAUGCUCCGAGAACAAAACUCUCUAUCCAGAUGUCAAAUAACCCAUUACAAUGUACAUGCCAAAGCAUGAGAUUCCUAAAAUGGAUGAAAGCAUCAUUACAUAAAAAUUUCGUUAAUGGAGAGAAUUACACUUGCAUAUUCACAGAUGAAAAUAAGAUCGAGCUGCGCCAUUUAGACCAGAUUAUCACUUCAUUAAAGCGGGAAUGUAUUUCAUUUACAACAACAAUAGUGACUGUGACCAUUAUUUUACUGGUCACAAUUAUUCUUAUAUCCUUUGCAAUAAUGUAUAGGUAUAGAUGGAAAUUGCGUUAUUUGUAUUACGCUGGUAAGAGAAGUUAUAAAGGAUAUUCAAGGAUCUUAAAUUCAGAUAGAGAGUAUCAAUUUGAUGCUUUCAUUUCCUAUGCUGACAUUGAAAGGGCAGAGUUUAUACCAAACCUGUUGAAACUAGAAAGAGAAAAUAAUUUCAAAUUUUGUAUACACAUUCGCGACUUUAUAAUUGGUGUUAAUAUAGCAGAAAACAUAACCAAUGCUAUUCACAAUAGCAAGCGUACUGUCUGUUUUCUGAGUAAAGCUUUUCUCGAAUCUGAAUUUUGCAUAUACGAGGCUCAAAUGGCACGAAUGGAAAGUAUCUAUAGAGAUGGGGAAACAACUUUAUUUGCUGUUCUUGUGGACAGAGAUCUUGGAGCUGUCUUGCCGCAAUUUCUGAAGGAUGUUAUGAGAGAACAAACAUAUCUGGAAUAUGAUAAAAAUAUUCCAGAGGAGUUCUGGAAUGCUAUGACUCAAGCAUUAAGAGAAAUGUAA